GCGGCGUGACGUCGUUUGUUUGGCACGCGCGCGCGGCCGGCCACCAUGUGCUCGGUUUAGUCCAUGUGGGAUAUAAAAGUCCUAAACGAGCUGCUGCGGUUUUAAUCUAAAGCAGCGGAUUAGAGCAGAGCUUUAAAUAUUUACGCGGUUUUAUAAAGAGAGUUAGUCCGGAGUAAUAACCAGGGCCGCGCUCGGGCCGAAUGGACGGAGCACAGGCCCGGACUUGUUUCGGUAACAUGGACAACAAAUUCCCGGCGCAGCUUUUCCCACAUUUCUACCUCGACGGCCCGCCGGAUUUGAAGCCGACGCACCUUUACGGUGGCUGGGGCUCCUACGGACAAGUCCUGCGGGCGGUCUCCACAACAGCUCAGACGCCGCUGGAGUUUCAGGCCCAGCAUGUGGCGGAGGGAGAGAUGUGGGUCCCUGUCGAGCCGAUGGUGACGCCACUUCUGCCGCCCAAUAAAGAUGCCAAAAUCUACUUUGGCCCACCUGUCAGUCCGGAUGAUUUCCCUGAGCAUAUGCAUCAUUUCCAUGUGCAUCACUGUAUGGAUUCCUUCUUUACCAUGGGCCAGCUGCUCGGAGAGGACUUCGGCUCUGGAGGAAUGUGCUGUAAGGAUCGCAUCAGAGUGCCAAACAUGCAGAGGUUUGUGGACAGCUUAAAAUACAAGAAGUGUGAGUUGAAACGGACUCUUUCGUGUGUGCACCGCUACCACGAUCUACUGAGUGACGUUUUCUGUGAUAUUCCGUCCGCUCUCCUGGCUGAGCUUCUUCAUGAGGAGUUAACUCUCCAGAGGGACCUGGAGGAGUUCCAGCCCAACACCACCGGAGGCGCUCUAGGCUACUUUCCUCUUCAGGUCGUUGAUGGUCUUAAAGAGUCCUGUCUCGUCUAUCCCAGUGGAGAUGCUCUCAACGUUCUGAAUUUCCACAGAGUGGUGCUGGAAUUCAGUGAUGAUAAACCUCCCGUUAUGAACAUGGAAAAUGCACCGCUGGUGUUUAAACUGAAUGGAACGGUCAGACAGAUCAGCUCGGCCAGAUUGGAUGAUGAAGAUGCCAUCGGGGUGCGUUCGGAUUAUUUCUGUGGUGUGUGGCUGAUGAGUGACUCUGGGCGUCCACAACCGUUGGAGGUGAUCAAGCUGAAGGAGCGCUGCAGCAGCCUCAACGUCAGUCCUCAUGUUCGUGCAGAACUUGUUGUGGCCAGUGAAAGUGGAGCAGCCUAUCUCUGGACUGUGGGAAGCCGGCCUCAGAAGUUUCGGGAUGAGCCGUCAAACCUGUACUUCAAUGCCAAGUCGUCGUGGCGGUGGUGUGAGUUCUCGGCGCACCCGAGAGUGAUGGUUUUCGCUGACAGGACAGGAGCGGAGCUCACGGACAGCAGGAGCAGAGACUGUUCUCACACACUUUUCCGGAUUGGGAAGACGGCUGGCUGUAAAAGAGGAGAGAGAGUCUAUUUAGCCAAAUAUCUGGGCCAGAGUCACGCUUACCACCACCUCAUCGCUACACAGUUCUCCGCGUACAUCCUGGACGAACGAAUGCCGAGUGUUCCUGCGCUGAAGUGGGAGCACAUGAUGGAGUCCCCUCCGUGUUUUGCCCAAGCUGUACCGGCAUUGGACUCGAGCGGCACCUCCAAAAUUCUGCUGGGAGCGCAGAAAGCGCAGGAGACUGUGCUGCUGCAGUAUUCAGGGGGGCGUGAAGAGCCGUGUCGGGCACACGGACCCGUUCAGAAGCUCUGCAGUCCCUGUGAGAGCCUGGCGAUCCGGCAGCUCCCCCACAGGGAGCAACAAGUGAAGGAGAGACUGGCAGUGCCCGCUGCAGGCCUUGCAGCAGCAGCCAUGAAUGAGGACUUCCUCUCCGUGUUCCAGCUCACAGGAGCUGGAGACGUAUUCUGCCAGAUGCUGAAAUUGCAUUCAGACUCCCAUCCAAAGCCACCCCGCAACGUAGAUUCAGUAGAACCAACGUCCAGCCAGAGCUCACAAUCGACACAGGUUUCUGAGGGAGAGGAAGCAUCAGCAGAGGAAACUCAAAAAGAGGGUCAAGAGCAAGAAAAGUCUGACGACGAGUUGUUAUCGGACAGUGAUUCUGAACGAGCGCAACACCGGCGGAGGCUAAGCCAAGUAGAAGUGGUGGUCAACAAUGAGUGGGAUUCCCACGCUUCAGAUGCCAGGGAAGAGAUUAGCCAUGAACCCUCUUCUGUCCUGGACUUAUCCCUGCUUAAUGCCCAGAUCAACAGAGCUCGUCCAGUGAGGCCGGCGAGCCCAAAGACAGCAAGCGAGGAGCUAAAGCUGAUCUGGAAAAAAUGGCUAGCGUCUCUUCUGGAUAAUGCCACUACACCGAGCCAGUGCUUAGAACACUGGCAGCUCAAGACCAAAUGUAUAAUGCAGUUUGAAGUCAAACCCAGAGACAAACUUAAGGAGGAUCAGUUUCGGAGCCUGAGGAACGAUCUGGCAAACGCCAUGAAGAAUAGACAACUGCUUACUCACGAGGGCACCUACCUGCCUCCUCUGGAAGUCGUCCCUCUUCCAGAAACGGUGGACCCCUCGGACUGGCCAGAUGAUCUGAGCCAGCGGCUGAGCGCCUCUUGGGGGGGUGGCUGGAGUAACUGGUGGGAUGAUAAGCUUGGCCUGAACCGGGACACCAAGAUCGAAGCUCUGCGCAGGAAGCGCAGGCAGGAGAAGCGAGCCAAAAGCCGAAGCCGGGUGGCGCUUUCCGGAAGCUUCACCUCAUCUGUCAGUUAUCAGGACGAUCUUUCCGGGUGGUCUUCAAGCAUGAGUCAGUAUCUUGGUUCAGACGUGGAGAGCUUUGGGAAUUCACAGAGCGCUACGGAGGAUACCGAACCGGAGACGACGCUGCCCAAGAGCACGGUGGCUCAGAAAAGACUUUCUACCAAGCGAUCGUCACCAGAAACAGAAUCCUUUAAAUCUUUGAGAGGUUCUCCAAGUAAUCCACCAGAGCAGGACUCCGCCACGUCCAUUUCCCAGUCUCAGAACCAGCAACAAGGACAGGCGCUGAAACCAUCGCUGUCCAGUCAGCAGAAGCCAAAGCUGUGGCAGCAACAGGACUACCUCAGCUCUCUGUUUGGCUCUCAGGAGCCGUCACAGGAUCCUGGACAGGUCAACGAGGGCACCUUGCUUGUUCGCCCGGCUGCGGCCGUGUCGCAGUGCCUCGGUUCAUCUUAUUCAUUGCAGCAUCCAUCCCGACACAGGACAUCUUCACAGGCCUCCCAGCCUCAGAGGAAGAAGUCUCGAAUGGGAUUCUGAAGUGGUGAGCGUUUUACCUCUCGCUCUCAUCCCAGCUGGCCUCCGGUAUGGUUGGCAGGUCGGGGACGCUGUAGUAGCUGCUGUGGAGGUUCUGUGCGGUUCGGCGGGAAACGAUCCACACCAGCUUCCUGUGGUCCGGUUUGGAGCACUCUGGGGAGGAGUACUGCAUCAGGCACUGUCCCACCAGCCCUCUCCACCUCUGGAGCUCCGGCUCAGAGAUCUACACAUACACAGAUGCCACCAGAAGAGGCACACUGGGUUACAUAAUAUAGAGGCCGGAGAGUUCCUGAUAACCUACACUCACUCGGUCUGUGGGAGUAAACCGAUAGACCCGUCUACAGCUCAGCCAUGCCCAAAGGCUCAGUUUGGCUCCCGUGACGUUACAGAGCAUGCCUGCAAUUCUUGGUGCCCCAGAGGACGCUUGGAUAUAUUUAUAGAGGCAAGUCUGAGUGAACUUGAGCUUGCAUCACAACUAGGGGUCAAAGACGGACUGAAAUGUUUGCCCUUCUUUUUCUGUUCUGAAAAGUUUGGCACAAGUUGUUGUUUUUGUUUUUUCCCCCAAAUCGAAACAAUUAAACUGAGAUCAUGACUGCAUGACUCAUAUACCGAAUUAAAA